AACCCCGGAUCAAAGCGUACCCCGAGUAGCCAUAGCCGCACCCCUGAUCAGCCAUGCUGGCCUGUGUGCAGAGGACCCAGAACCCGGCGGGUCAGCACCUGGCCUGCCCGAGCAAGAGCCUAGAGCUGCGCAAGUGUGAGGCCGUGGUCAGCUCCAUGCACUCCUCCCGCUACCCCAGCCCGGCCGAGCUGGACGCCUACGCCGAGAAGGUGGCCAACAGCCCGCUGUCCAUCAAGAUCUUCCCCACCAACAUUCGGGUGCCGCAGCACAAGCACCUGGGCCGCACGGUCAACGGCUAUGACACCAGUGGCCAGCGCUACGUCCCCUACCCGCCGCACGCCGCCGGCUACCAGGGCCUGCUGGCCAUCGUCAAGGCCGCCGUCUCCUCCUCCACCUCCAUCUCCUCCUCCGCUUCUUCCUCCUCCAUUUCCUCCUCCUCCUCCUCUUCCUCCUCCGGCUCCGGUGUGGCCGCACCUGCUGGGCCCGCCAAAAGCGUGCUCAAGAACCCCGAGGGCAAGCGGACCAAGCUGUCCCCCGCCGCCGUGCAGGUGGGCGUCGCACCCUACCCAGCGCCCAGCGCCCUGGGGCCCUUGGCCUACCCCAAGCCCCCCGAGGCGCCCGCCCCACCACCCGCGGCCACCGCCACGGCCACCGUCAUCCCCCUGCCCGGCCGGGGCCUGCCCCUGCCCCCUUCCAACCUGCCACCCAUCCACAGCAUCCUUUACCAGCUCAACCAGCAAUGCCAGGCGCCGGGGGCCACCUCUGCCGCCUGCCAGGCUGUGGCCGUGCCCCACCCGAGCCCGGCCAAGCACGGCCCGGUGCCCAGCUUCCCGGGCAUGGCCUACACGGCCGGUGCCGGCCUCCCCGACUGCCGGAAGGGCCCUGAGCCGGCCUUGACGUUGGCCGCCAAGCCGGCCAGCUAUGUGGACGGGGGCCUGGAUUACCUGCUGUGGCCGCAGAAGCCGCCUCCGCCGCCCCCCCAGCCGCUGAGGGGCUACAGCGGGGGCGCCUCGGUGACCAACAAGUCCCCCGAGGCCUGUGGGGGACGUGGGUACGAGCGGGCCGCAGGCUCGCCCCUCAAUUGCGGGAUGGGGCUUCCUGCUGGCUUCGCGGUGGGCCAGUACUUUGCGGCCCCCUGGAACAGCGUGCUGGUGACCCCCACCAGCGACUGCUACAACCCGGCCACGGCAGUGGCCGUGGGGGACCUGGGGGCAGCGGCCCGGGAGCUGGCGGGGCCUCCCGCCGACACCUGCUCAGCACUGCCCAGCAAAAGUGCUUAUGGCACGUCGGCGCUCAGCAGCAGCCUCCAGUCGCUCGAGUAUCUCAUCAACGACAUCCGGCCACCCUGCAUCAAGGAGCAGAUGCUGGGCAAGGGCUACGAGACGGUGGCCGUGCCCCGGCUGCUCGACCACCAGCACGCCCACAUCCGCCUGCCUGUCUACAGAUAAGGCCCACGGGCGGGUGCACGGACGGACAGAUGCACGGACAGACGGACAGACAGGAGGGACGUGCCCUGCCUGCCUGCCUGUCCCGUCAGUGCCCACAGGGAAUCUGGGCCUGCCGCCGGCCAUUGGCUCCGGCUCGGGGGAUAGUGAGGUGACCUCGGCCACUUGGCCCCUGGCCACCCUGCCCUCCUUUUUCAGGGGGUUUCCUGGACACGGGGAGAGCUGGGGCCACUCACUGGCCUCCACGCAGCCUCAUCCCAGCCAGAUGGGGUAGGGAGAGAGACGCCUUCUUUCACGAAGGUUCCUUCUGGGGCUGCGUGCAUGUGACGGUCUGGAGUCAGGGUGGUCAAGGGGCUAGAGGGCGUCCCCUUUUCCUCACCCCCAGGCUCAGAGGCAGGGGCAGAGCACCCCCAUAGGAAGCAGCCCAGCUCUAUUGAUGGCUGACACAGAGGGAGUAACCCUCCUUCUGCCCUUCCUCCUCUGGACUCCCGGCCCCCCCCGCCAGCCCUGUCCUUCCAGAACAGAAUCACACCCCCCAACUGUCUGCCCCAAACCCCAGACUACCCCACCCCGCUCACCUCACAGGGCUGCUGACACCUUUGUGCUGCCUCCCAGGACACACUGGCCAUUUACCACAGCAAAUUUCCGGAUCUGAAGGAAGGGGGCGCCAUUUUCUCCUAUUGGCACAAAGGCACCGAGGGGGGGGACUCCAGGCCUGCCACCUUUGACCCCGGUCAGAGGGACCCUCCCUGUCCUCUUUUUGUUAUUGUUGUUUUG